AUGUUCCACUAUUUAGACCCCGCAUCGUUCAAUGGCAAGCGCAACUCAUGCUCAACAGCGAACAACUUCUCUAAACUCACUCUCACGAUCUUCCGCGAAUGCUCCCAUGCCCGCACUCUCAAGCGCUUGGCCCUCAUACCCGAGAAGUCCAACGGUGGGACGAGAGCAGACUUCGAAGACCUCGAGGCCUCGGAAUUGAAGAACUAUUCCUGA